AUGUCAUUGCUUCAAUUUAUCAAGCAUAUUGAAAAGAGCCAUGUUUAUAGAGCAAUAGAUAAGCCGGAACAAGCUAAAAAUGAGGUAGUAUCUGCAAUCAAGGUAUUGAAUUACCUAGCAGCAGCAGCGGCGGCGGCAAGAGCAGAGGUGCCGCAACAACAACAAGGUAAGGACAAGAUUAUUAAAACACUUUCGGUGUUUGCACUCGAGUACUACAAUGAGUUGAAGAAAAGGGAAACCUCGAAAUCAACUUCAGAGAAACUACUUUGGCUUUCGUCCAAAUUGGUUGAUAGUGAAUGUCAAUGCGAGUGGUACUGUUACCCGGUGAUUAAACUUGGUUCAUACGACUCGACAAACGCAAUCUUUAUCAAUAACUAUGCUGCUGGUGGUAAUGGUGCUGGUGGUAAUGGUGCUGGUGGUAAUGGUGCUGGUGGUAAUGGUGCUGGUGGUAAUGGUGCUGGUGGUAAUGGUGCUGGUGGUAAUGGUGCUGGUGGUAAUGGUGCUGGUGCUGAUGGUGCUAAUACCGCUAAUACUGCUAAUACCGCUAAUACUGCUGAUACUGCUGACCAACUUUUAUUGGCAAGGUUGCCAAGCGUUACCCAAGAUAUCUGCCGCUUCGAGCCGCUUGAAAUGACCAACUGGAGUGCAGACCCGUCAAUCUUAUCUGCUCUCUAUCAGGAUCUACUACAAGAUUGCUCAUUUGUAUCAUCAUUCCUAUCAUUGGUGGACCAAAAGGUGCAAAUGCUACAGAUUAUUUCUCCAAACCAAAAGUCUAACAUGUAUUAUGUUUCGCUUUACUUCAAUGGAUGUAAACGUAAGGUUACCAUCGAUAACAGAUUACCAUUAAUUCAUCAUUCGCAAAGGAAUUUGACAAUAAAGUCAUUUGCAGACGAAACUUUGUUUUGGCCAGCAUUAAUCGAAAAGGCAUAUUUGAAAAUUGCUGGAUCGGGGUAUUUGCCAAGUGGAUCCAAUAUGGCUAAUGAUACAUACAUAUUGAGCGGUUGGCUUCCAGAAAUAGUCAAGCUAAAACAAGGUCAAUUGCCAUCUCUAUUGAUGGAAUUAUGGCCAUUGAAAAUGAACGGUCAAGUGGCAUUGGGUAUUGGAACUGGAAGUAUGAGCGAUAAGCUUAGCACACAGCUAAAUCUAAUCAGCGAACAUGACUAUAUGAUUGAAGAAUUUGAAAACCAAAAGCCAUCGAUUUCAAUCACCUUGAAAAAUCCAUGGCUUUGUGGAAAUCUGGCUGCGAAUAGAUUUGUUAAAACAGAGGAUUUUGCCCAGUUCAAGUAUCUAUAUAUCAACUGGAAACCUAAAGAAAAUGUGCCAAGCUAUACCGAGAAUUUUAUAUACUCAAACAAAAAGCUCAUGUUGGAUCUACCUCAGUUUACCGUUAAAUGUGAUAAGGAAUGCUGGCUAUUAUUAGAGCGCCAUUUAUCACAAGAUAUGAAUUACUGGACAAAAGCCACCGUGUUUGAGUCUACAGGUGAUAGGAUUCUUUCGCCCAAUGAUCACGAACACAAUUUAUUUGAAUCCAACAAUAGACUUCAUCUUAUUAAGUUGAAGCCGGGGAGUUAUACAAUAGUUGUAUGGUGUAAUACAACCGCAAUGUUUUCCUUGACCUCUUUUGGGUUUCCCUUGAGCCGACUGCGAUAUAAGCACAGUUUUAAUAAACGCAUUGAAGGAGAAUGGACCGUGGAUACUAAUGGAGGGGAGUGGACAAUGUCGAGUUUUCUCAAUAAUCCGCAAUAUGACAUUAUCGUGACCAAGCCAACACUGGUAACUCUAUGUUUAUAUGGAGAUGAAGCGACAAUAGUCAAUUUUCAUCUACUCCAUUCUCAAGCUUCUCAAAAGGGGAAACGAAUUCGCAAAUUUGUUAAAACAGACCUGCUCCUUAAUGAAAAUUACAACUUAAAUUACCAAUUGGCAUCGUUGGAUUUGCAACCGGGUCAUUACAAGUUAAUUGUAUCUACAUAUCACCAUAGUUUGGGUAAAUUCACCUUUUUCAUAAACUCAUCAACCCAAGUUGAAGUUGAAAAAGUUCCCAAUAGUAUUGGCUUGUAUUCACAUACCAGAAUAGUUCCCUGGAAUAAUCAAAAUAGAUUUAAAUUGUACAUCACAACUGAGACUAGAAACACGCUUGUUACUUUCAAGAUUCUUCAUCAAAAUAGUCAAGACACCAAAGCUGUUUUAGUUGAGCGACAAACAAAUUAUCGACCAGCAAUGAGGGCGUCGAUAUUCAACGCAGUAACAAAACAGCCGAUACAAAUAAAUAAGGACUUUAGUAGUGAUACCUUGUAUGGAUUAUAUAUCGAUCAAAGAUUUGAGUACCCUGGUGCUUUUAUUUUGUUGAUUGAGAGGUUUGAAAUCGGUAGUGGUGCAUGCGUGGUUGAGAUUGGCAGUAAUUUUAAAGUAACAAUACAAAAGGAGCCAUGA